UUCUGUUGUGCACAUUUUUCAUUUAUUAACAAUGCAGAUCCAUAUUCCACAGAUAAUCCAGAAGUUUAACGAAUUUGCAGAAGCUGCAACAAUGUUGUUUUCCAUUCAUCUGGGAUCACCUCUCCAUCUAGUUAUCCUAAUCUCUCUUUGGGGCUUUCUUAACAUAACAUUAGCUCUACCACCAACCAUGCCUCCGAUCUUCAAAGACACACCCUUCUCUGUUAUCUGGAACGCCCCUACCCCGGUAUGUGAGAAGCUUGAAAUCAAUUUGGACACUUCAGCGUUCAAUGCCGUCACUACGCCAGCCAGUGUCCCAAACCAAUUUCUGAACCUCUUCUACGCCCAACGUAUCGGUCUGUACCCUUAUGUAAACCCGGACACCAAAGAAGAGUUUAAUGGCGGCAUUCCCCAAAAGGCCAACCUGACAGCCAGCCUGUUAAAAGAACUUGAUGAUGUCAAUGAUCACAUCCCAUGGUUCUCCCCAGGUUUGGCUGUGAUCGACUGGGAGGCGUGGCGACCGCUGUGGGCAAGAAAUUGGAGUUCUAAACAAAUCUACAGGCAGCUCUCCAUUCAAUAUGUGCAGGAGAAAAACCCAACUCUGUCCUCCGAUGAGACUGUAGCUUUGGCCAAAAAGCAGUUUCAAGCGGCCGCUAGGGCUUAUAUGGAAGGCACAUUAAAGCUUGGGAUUGAAAUGAGGCCAAACUACCUUUGGGGCUAUUAUUUAUUCCCUGACUCUUACAAUUAUGGAUGGGAGAAGCCUGGUUAUACCGGCGAAUGUUCAAAAAAAGAGCAGACCUUGAAUGAUGAGCUCCUUUGGCUGUGGAACUCAAGCACGGCAUUGUUUCCUUCUGCGUACCUGCCGCUAGCCCUUAAGAACAACCAAAACGCAGCUUACUUUGUUCGUGGACGAGUACAGGAGGCCGUCCGGGUGUCUGCUUUGCCAAAGCAUCGAUACACCUCUCCGAUUUACGUAUACUUGCGUCCUCUGUUUCGGGAUCAGUCAGGAAUAUACCUGAAUGAGACGGAUCUGGUGAAUUCUAUUGGGGAGAGUGCAGCUCUGGGGGCAUCAGGGGUCGUGCUAUGGGGGGCCAGCGCAGAUUAUAACAACAAGGAAUCAUGUAAAGCUCUGUCUGCCUAUCUGCCCUCCACUCUUAACCCUUAUAUAACCAAUGUGACAGCAGCCGCUAAACUUUGCAGUAGCACGCUGUGUCAAAACAAAGGCCGCUGUGUGCGCAAGAAUCCUCAAUCAAACACCUAUCUGCACUUGAAUCCAAAACAUUUCAACAUCCUGAAGAGUCGUGGUCAAUACUUGGCUGUGGGGACGCCUCACCUUGGUGACAUCACAAAGUUUUUCGAGGCAUUCACCUGUCAGUGUUACGCGGGUCAGAAAUGCUCAGCAAAAAUGCCGGAGUCCCUUCCCACAACUCCAUGGUUGUUCAUGUAACCUCAUGUUACACAAACACAUUUUGAUGUGUAUCAUUUAACAAACAAACGUUAAUACAAAGAUAAUGAUAUUUUUGAAUAAAAGUCUUUCUCUUAUGAAUUAUUCACCAUUGUGCCAUUUAGAGUUAUUAAACCUCAUAUUAUCUUCCGGGUCAAUU